AUGUGGCAAAAUGCUAAUUCUGUGCUGUCAAAUAUUACAAAUAGUUAUGAAAACACUAGAGGUUUUGAUUGUUUAGAGAAGAGGAAGCCAAUGGAGGAGUGUAUUGAAGAAGAGACAAGAAAUAAUUACAGUGAGGAGGAAGACAUGAGCAAGGACUAGACCAAGGAAUUCGAUCCUACUUAAUGGAGUUUGGGUAGGUUUGAGAUGGGUCGAUACUUAGGUAAUGGUAAAUUUGGACAUGUGUAUUUGGCGAGAGAGCGUGAGAGCAAAUUCAUCUUAGCUUUAAAGGUAAUCAGCAAAAGACAAUUGAACCUAUGCCAAUUAACAGGUUCCUUGACCAGAGAAGUCGAAAUUCUAAGUCAUUUGAAACAUCCAAAUAUUAUUGGGUUUUAUGGUUUUUUUUAGACGGAAAAAAGAGUGUAUUUGAUGUUGGAAUGGGCUCCCUUGGGAGAUCUGUAUGGAUUGAUGAAGAAGUAGACAAAUAGAAGAUUCACUGAAGAGAUGGCAUCAAAAAUUAUUAGGUAAAUCACUGAGGCUAUUGGAUACAUGCAUUCGAUGAAUGUGAUCCAUCGGGAUCUGAAGCCAGAAAAUAUCCUAUGUUUCAAUAAUGAGAUCUUCAAGAUAUCUGAUUUCGGAUGGAGUGUGCACACUCCCUCGAAUAGAAGGAAGACGUUAUGUGGCACUCUAGAUUAUUUGUGUCCAGAGAUGAUCAAUUACCAAUCCCAUGACAAUCGGGUGGAUGUGUGGACUAUUGGCGUGUUGGCUUAUGAGUUGGUAGUAGGCAGACCUCCCUUUGAGUCUCACAAUGAACAAGAUACAAAAAAGAAGAUCAUGAAUCUGAUGUUCUAGUUUCCCAAUUGGAGCAGCAAAGACUUCCAAAAUUUCGUGAAGGGGAUUCUCUAGCAUGAUUGCAAUAAGAGACCUUCAAUCACUCAAAUAUUGAAUCAUCCUUGGAUCACCAAAUGA